UAUGACGUCACAGUCGUUGUUUUGCACUCGUGAGUGCCGCCAUUGCGUGUAGGUGUUUUAUAUUGAAAUGUGACAAAUCCCCUUUCAUCGGUUUCCCUAUUCAACAGAAAUUCUCAUUGUCCCUUACAUAUAAUUUAGCAUAAACAACAAGAUACGGGAAAGUUGUCCCCAGUAUCUGAUAUGGCUGGUAAUGGGGAGAUCCAGUGGUGCUUUUCACAGGUGAAAGGGACGCUUGAUGACGAUGUGACAGAAGCUGAUAUUAUAUCAUGUGUAGAAUUCAAUCAUGAUGGGGACCUCCUGGCAACGGGAGAUAAGGGUGGGAGAGUUGUCAUCUUCCAGAGAGAUCCUAUUAGCAAGAAUUGCAUUCCUCGACGAGGGGAAUACAAUGUGUACAGCACGUUCCAGAGCCACGAGCCAGAAUUCGACUACCUCAAGAGUCUUGAGAUUGAGGAGAAAAUCAACAAAAUCAGGUGGCUGAAGAGGAAGAAUCAAGCACAUUUCCUAUUAUCUACUAAUGAUAAGACUAUAAAAUUAUGGAAGGUGUCAGAAAGAGACAAGAGGGUUGAAGGUUACAACACCAAAGAAGAGAAUGGACAGUUACGGGAUCCAUCUUAUGUUACUGCAUUACGGGUACCAGUAAUUAAACCUAUGGAAUUAAUGGUUGAAGCAUCCCCUAGAAGAAUAUUUGCCAAUGCGCACACGUAUCACAUCAAUUCCAUUAGUGUUAAUUCAGAUCAAGAAACGUAUUUAUCAGCAGAUGAUCUACGGAUUAAUCUUUGGCAUCUAGAAAUCACUGAUCAGAGUUUCAAUAUUGUUGACAUUAAGCCGACAAAUAUGGAAGAACUGACGGAAGUGAUAACAGCGGCAGAAUUCCACCCUGUGGAGUGCAACUUAUUCGUCUACAGUAGCAGUAAGGGUACGAUCAGACUGUGUGACAUGAGAGCAGCAGCGCUGUGUGACAGGCAUUCGAAAUUGUUUGAAGAACCGGAGGAUCCAACUAAUCGAAGUUUCUUCUCGGAGAUUAUCUCUAGUAUAUCAGACGUGAAGCUGUCCAACUCUGGUCGAUACAUGAUAUCUAGGGAUUAUCUCUCUGUCAAAGUGUGGGAUCUUCACAUGGAGACAAAACCUAUAGAAUCUUAUCCAGUGCAUGAGUACCUGCGUUCGAAACUGUGUUCAUUGUACGAAAAUGACUGCAUCUUCGACAAAUUUGAAUGUUGUUGGAAUGGCAGUGACUCCGCUAUCAUGACUGGAUCAUACAACAACUUCUUUAGGAUGUUUGACCGCACAACAAAGAGGGAUGCUACCCUUGAGGCAUCACGGGACAUUGCAAAACCUAAAACCAUACUCAAACCUAGAAAAGUUUGUACAGGAGGAAAACGUAAGAAGGACGAGAUCAGUGUGGACUGCCUUGACUUUAAUAAAAAGAUUCUGCACACAGCAUGGCACCCUACAGAGAAUAUCAUUGCAGUGGCAGCCACAAACAACCUGUUCCUCUUCCAGGACAAGUUCUAGCAUACAGGCAUGGUGCAACAAACUCAUCAGUAUAAUGUGAAGUGCUAUUGACUGGACACAUGAAAGCCUUAACAGAUUGAAAUUCAAGACCAGAGCAGGCUGCCUCUGCCUCCUACAUCCUGCUUCAUUUGGUAAGGAGUUGAGCAACAAAUGUCGGAGACAUGCAAGAUCAAGGUACUCCCCAUAGGAGUUACAAGGGCAGGGUGUAUCUGAUGGUGACACUAGAAGUGUGUCCUCUUAUCUGUGAUUGAACAGUAGUGAUUGAUAAAUGUCGCAAACAGUGAAUCACGGAAAUCGUGGGGAGUGCUUAUACACAGUGGGUAGAAUAUAUAUUUUUUUGCUGCCAUGCACCGUUUGUUCAAAAAUAGAUGCAAGGUGAAAAAAACACAUUUUCAUAAAAAUAAAAUAGUGUUGCCAUAACGAUAUCAUUCAUUUUUCAGUUCAUUAUUACAAGGAAACAUUAUAUUUAGUUUAUACAUAUUUUUAUUUAUUCUUUUCUGGAACUUUUCCCAGAUUGAGCAAAAGUAAGCAAAUUGAUCUUUGUGUAGAGUUAUUUUGAUGCGCCGACAGAUUUUUAUACCAGUCUCGGGAAGAAGUUUGGCAAAGAAUAAAGAACUUGAUGGGAACAGGAAUUGCAAUGAAUUUGAGCAAUAUAAAAGACAGUGGAAGGAAAAAAAUAUAAUUCUGUAUUAGAAAAAUUGUAGCUUUUUCACAGGACGAAUGUUUUGACGCAUUUACAAGUAACAUCACCAAGUCCCAGUCCUUCGAUAUUAAGUCUUUUUUUUUUUUUUUUUUUUNUUUAAUUUAUAUGUUGCCCACAUUUCUGUAUGGUAAAUUUGCUGCUGUUAAUAUCGAGAAGCAAUCUGCAUUGAAGUUAAAAUAAUAACUGACAGUUGAUGUGUAAAAAUGCUUCCAUUGCUUAAUAUUAAUGCAGAUGUGAUCUACCAACAAUCAACAUGUUCAGUUGUAGUUUGAUGUCAUCUUUGUUCACACAACAGGAGUUGAAAUUGUGGAUUUUUGCCAUCUCUGUGUACCACAUUUAAAUGAUAGUGAACAACCCAGUGUGGUGAAUAAUCAAGUUAUUUAAAAUAGAACAAGAGGACAUGAUUCAAGCAAAUGGGUACUGACACCUAAAUUAUGCUGCAUGAUCGAUUAUUAUGAAAUACUAUAGCAAUGUAAGAAUUGUACAAUACCGUAAAAUGUGAACGUGAAGCCAGGGCUCGUGAGUGUGCGUGGGUGUGUGAGAGAGUUACGUGAUGCACAAGUUGUGUUAUAAUGCAAAAUGUAAAAGAUUCAUUGCUUCCGUUGUCAUAUGUCUGUCUGUCUGGAUGGAUGAAUGAUUAAAAUAAAUGAGGAAAUGUUACUUCGUUUCUCAUGCGGUGAAGCCUGUACACAUAGUACCUUUUCCUUCAUUCUUGAUUCUGCAUACAUAAUGUUAACAGGCGGCUAUUUCAAAGAACAAACUGACGUGAUACAAUAUUUUGUUUGUAAUUGUAGAAGGCGGUAUGACUGUUGAUUGUGAGGGAUUUUUCAUUUACCUCCGUAAAGAUUUGAGUCUCGUUUCAUAAAAACAGAAACAUAAAUGCGGAUACAUAUUAUUUUGGGCAUUCAAAAUGGAAAGGUCCUGGUAUAAUACUUUGCUAUUCUUAAUGAAGAAUUGUGCUUCUUAGAGCAAUGUGCAUUAGAUAUUCAGACUGCUCAUUGUGCAUGGUGUCUAAAAUUAUGAGAGAUUGUAGCCAUAUUCGUUUCACAGAGUAUUUAUAUAAAGUUGUGAAAAUGUUUGUUUUUUAGACACUUCAGUAUAUGGAGCAUCCUUCUUCAUCUAGGAUACAGUAAAAUCUGAAUUCAAACAAAAAAAAAAACUUUGCCAGUGAUCAGGAUUAAAAAUAAAACAGUACUUUAAUAUUUCAUUCCGCUUUGUAAUUUAGUCUUAAAUGCUAUAAAUUUAAGGGACUAAAUUCUGUAAUGAUUACGUCCUGAAUUGACUAGGAAUCUGUGAUGAAGUUCUAAAAUAGAAAUUAUAUGCAAUUUUUUUUAAUUAUAAAACAGACUGUUAGAGUUACUGUAUAUUAUAUUUUGUGGGCAAAUGCAUUGUUGACUGUAAAUUUGCAAGAACCCAGUCUUUUGGCAACGAAGCAAAUAAUACAGUGGCAUUUUUGGAGCUAGACAGGAACUGUGAAGAACUGGUCCUGCUUUUGUAUUGGAGCAAUAAACAUGUAACUGUAACAUAAGUAUUUGCCCAUCGUUUUCUUGUAUAUUGGUUAUCUGGUUUGUAUUCAGGUGGCAUAAACUUCAUUUCUUAGAAGAUUGUUGUUGUUAAGGAAGAGAUUUUUCUCUUUUUUAUUCAGAAAAUUAGUUUUUUUUAUUAUUAUUUUAGAAUGACAGUUUUGACGACUCAGUUUCCAUCUUAAAAUUAUGUGGACGAUAGAACUGGUAGAUGGAAGGGUUUCAUAUGAGAGCAUGAACUGACUGCAAAUACUCCAAGUACUCCCGAUGUCUUCCAGACACACCAGAGUUGUAAUAUAUCAGCUAAAUUAUGUUAUCAUUUGAUAAUAUGCUUUAUCAUUUAUCCAUUUAUUUAUUUCAAUGUUAAUAGUGGCUAGUUUUUCUGUGACUUUUUGUACAAUCCAUUGCACAAUGAAACUUCAAGAAGAUAAAUCUCGUUUAUGAAUGUGGUUGAUUAUUCCUAUGCCUUUAAUACUUCAAAAGUUUUCAGCACAUUCAAAUUUUGAACUGUUGUCUUUGUGCACAAUAUAGGGAAUAAUUGGAAGCGUCACAUUUUUAGUACCAUUUUAGGUAGCCAGUUUAUGUAUUAAUAGACGAUUCUUUUCAUGAUUUGGCAUACAGUAACAACAGGUGGCACAUUGCUGGAAAGAAGAACUCAAGACAAUAGCAGUUGCAUGCCAUUUUAGUUUUUUUAAUCAUUUAAGGAACAAAAAAUACAGUGGCAUGCUCAUUUU